AUGACGACACUGAUCUGCCCCACCAACGAAAAGAAAAGCUCCGCCGCCGGCAACAAGCCACCGUCGUCGCCGGGUUUCCGUGUCAGCAAACUCACUCUUUUUACGGCCUUUCACCUGCCUGGACGCCUGGUUAACGUCUCCACACCUGCCCGGUCGACUUCAUACACUCGUCUUUGUAAAACGACCUGCAGACCACGAGGCAACCGAGUUGAUCGGCAAACAACCCACUCCCGAGAAUCGUUUUCAACUACCGUCAACAUACUGGGACACCUGCGAUCGCUCACCAUGAUGGGCUGA